AUGGCCGAAGUCAAAUUCACAACGCUCUGUCUCUUGGGAUGUGGAAAUCUGGGCGGCGCAAUCCUCGACAGUCUGCUCAAUGCCACUGAAAAAGAGUCCCUCUUCACUAAAUUCAUCGCGUGCGUGCGAAGUCAGAGCUCAGAGGAAAAGCUGGCAGCGCGGUUCUCCCAGCAUCUCGCUAAAUUGACCAUCAAGCGGGGAGACAACACUCAAGCCGUGCGCGAAGCCGAUGUGAUCAUUCUGGGAGUUGACCCAUCCGAUAUCGAGUCGGUCCUGUCGCAGCAAUCCCUCCGCGAAGCAUUGGGGAACAAACUUCUGAUCAGCAUCGCAGCUGGUUGGACCAGACGAAAGCUCGAGCAAACCAUCUACGGCAGCGAGACUACCAAUGCCAAUAAAUCCGACCGUGCUUGGGUGGUGCGAACUCUGCCGAAUAUCGCCGCGCAGGUGUCUCAGUCUCUCACGGCCAUCGAGGUCUCAGAGCCUGCUCCACCUGCACACUACCUGACUGUCACAAAUGAGAUUUUUGAGCGGAUCGGAAAAGCUGUUCAGAUCGAUCCGAGGUUGAUGAAUGCUACCACGGCCGUUGGGGGGAUCGACACCGGCUAUUCGAUGCAAGGUACUGCGGCAAUGCUUCAAAGUGGAAUACACCCGGCUUUGCUGAAGGACCAAGGCACGUCUCCUGAGGGGUGUACGAUUGGAGGUUUAAUGGUGAUGGAAGAGGCUGGAGUAAGAGGAUCUGUGGGCCGGGCACUGCGAGAGGCUGUUACUUUGGCUCGUCUGAUGGAGACGCAGGAGCAUGUCAAUGAUACUCGACGUUAA